GUUCCGCAGAUAACUUGGUAAUUCAUUGAGAAUGCUGCUGAGCUGUCUUGAAAAGUACCAGUUUCGAUGGGCACCUUUAAUCUGACGUCGCAGGACCAGCGUAGAUUUCUUGCCGGCGUUUGCAUCCGAUAUGGAGGAAAAAAGAACAAACGAGAAAAAGACUUGCCUGUUCUUACCGAUCCAUCUUUAAUGUAGAUUCCUCUUCUAUCACGUGAAAGAUAUCUCCGGAUGGGGAAGUUCUGCCAUGCUUUUUCUGGCACUUUCUGUGACACUUCAAAUAAAGCCAUCAACACGUGCAGCCCCAAUAGAUUGUAAAAAUAACACUGCAGUCUGCUUGGAAGAAAUAAUCAAGGAAAUCACUGAACUUCGAUAUGAGGUUAACAUUCUCAUGGAGAACAAAACAUUGGCGAGACCUAAGAACUGUGCUGAGCUGUACAAAUCCGGCCGAAGGAUCAGCGGUGUUUAUGCAAUCGACCCAGACGGUUCGGGUGCCUUUAAUGUAUAUUGUGACCAAACAACAGCCGGUGGGGGGUGGGCAGUGUUUCAGAAAAGACUAGAUGGCUCCGUUUAUUUUAACCGCACCUGGAAUGACUACAAACGUGGCUUUGGUAAUUUGGUCGGUGAAUUUUGGCUUGGCCUGGACAAGAUACACCGCCUGACGCGAAACAAGACAUAUAACAGGCUUCGAGUAGAUCUGGGAGCAGUUACUGGCAAAACUGUUCAUGCUGAGUAUGACUGGUUCGGGAUUGGGACCGAGAUGGUAGAGUACCGGCUGUACAUUGGCAAUAUUACAAGAACAGAUGCGAAUAAUUCUUCUGAUCCCCUCGUUCGUCACAAAGAUUUCGAUUUUGGUACCUGGAAUAGAGAUCCUGCAGAUUGUGCCCAAAAAAGGUGCGCAGGCUGGUGGUAUGAAAACAAGUGUGACCGUGCUGUUUCGUCAAAUCUCAACGGAAUAUAUCCCCGUUGUGGAAAUGACACCGGGACAGAUAUCCACUGGGAUAAAUUAGUUUCAGCCAAUCCCGAAGGCAGCGCUCCUACAUCAACUGAAAUGAAAAUUAGACCAAUGAACUUUUUUUAAAACUUUCGGGCGAAUAAACACCGCAUAAGUGAAUAGUGAUUCUCGCGUGUUCUAAUUGGACGCCUUAGGAGGUGAUAAGUUAUGUAAGAUUCGCCUCUACCUUGCUUUUACUAAGAUUGUGAUUUGCUGUAAUGGGAUAACGUGGCCUUUAGUUGUUUGAAGGUAAAUGAAUUCCACCGAGGAAAUACCAUCGGUAGCUGCUUCCCUAGCGUCAAGACAUCAAGUGCAGUAAUUUGCAUAGUGAUGUUGAUCCUAUUUUCCAUACUUUAUAGCUCUUAAUUUAGUUUUCUAAUAUCUUACUUAGUAGUUUAUACCUUUGGUUAGGUCUGCAUGGAUAAAAUCUAUAUCGAUGAUGUUUUGAAACAUUAAGAAGUAGCUUGCACGACAAGAAAAAAAUGGUUUACUUUUUUUCAACCUCUUUUAGCUCCAGGGUUAAAGAUAUUUAUAGUUUGUUUGCAGAUAAGUAAAAAUAACAUCAUAGUCUCAACCAUUUUUUAUCAAAUGUGAUUUUAGAUAUGAAUCAUUUCGUUGCAUCAAAGUUAACUCAGAAGGAUUUUAACCUACAUAUGAACAUUAUGAGCUACUUGCCUGGAUGUUAUACAUGUUUCUCUUUAUCAUUUGUACAUUUUUUACCUUUUCUUACGGACUUUUAAAGCUCAACUA